UUGAGGGCUAUGUUUUUUUUUUUUCGGUUUCAGUCACUAAAGGAUAACAAUAUCGUUUGUGUUAACUUUAUCAUCUUUAUGUUUCACUUUUGUAUGAGCAAGACUUGCUACACUUGUCUGACAUUUGUGUUGUUAAUGAAUGAAUCGAAGUUUCUGAUGUAGAUUUAUGUUGCAGAUGAAAUCUUGCAGCUGUGAAAGUUGGGUGGCUGAGCAGUUUGGGGUGAAGAAAUUCAGGAAAAUAGCUACUUGGAUGAAUUCAUGGAAGAUUCGAACCCGAAGUGGUGGCCAUGACUUUGAGGGAAUCUCCUAUACUUCUCGAGUUCCAUUUGUUGUCAUUGAUCUCAUAAAGUACAAAAAAAUUGAGGUGGACGUAGAAAAAAGAACUGCAUGGGUUCAAGCCGGGGCGACUAUAGGUGAACUUUAUUAUAGAAUCAAUGAGAAAAGCAAAACUCUGGCUUUUCCAGCGGGUGUAUGCCCCUCUGUAGGAGUUGGUGGACACUUCAGUGGCGGUGGCUAUGGAUUCUUGAUCCGUAAAUAUGGCCUUGCUGCUGAUAACAUAGUUGAUGCUCACAUGAUUGAUGUGAAGGGAAGGCUUCUUGACAGAAAAGCUAUGGGUGAGGACCUUUUCUGGGCCAUUAGAGGUGGUGGUGGAGCAAGCUUUGGAGUCAUCCUAGCAUGGAAGGUCAAACUAGUUUCAGUUCCAUCAACCGUAACAGUAUUCAGAGUUAAAAGAACCUUGGAACAGAAUGCAACUAAGCUUAUUCUUAAGUGGCAGCUUGUGGCAAGUAAAAUUCAUGAGGACAUAACCAUUAAUCUCAUAUUGCAAAGGGUGAAUUCAAGUAAAAAGGGAGAGUUAACAACACAAGCCACAUUUGAAGCCGUGUUUCUUGGAGGUAAGGAUCAGCUCAUUCCCCUGAUGCAAGAAAGCUUCCCAGAAUUGGGUUUGGUCAAGGAAGAUUAUACCGAGAUGAGCUGGAUCGAAUCGGUCGUCUUCAUGACUAGAGUUGCUCGAUCCCUUGGUUAUUUGCUGCAAAGAAAUCCAACUUCAGUGCAAACUACUUAUAAAGCAAAAUCUGACUAUUUGAGACAUCCCAUUCCUGAAGAUGGGUUAGACGGAAUAUGGUCACUGUUCAAUGAAGAUGAGGGCAAAGGUGUAUUUAUGCAAUUGUUUCCUUUUGGGGGCAGAAUGGAUGAGAUUUCUGAGUCUGAACUUCCAUUUCCACACAGAUCUGGAAACUUGUGCUUAGUUCUUUACCUAGUUUUUUGGCAGGAAGAAGGGGAUGAAGCUGCACAAAGGAACAUCCAUUGGCUUAGAAGGCUAUAUAGCUAUAUGGAACCGCUUGUUUCAAAGUCCCCUAGAGCUGCAUAUGUCAACUAUAGAGAUCUUGAUAUUGGGGUCAAUAACAUUAAUGGCUACACAAGCUAUAAGCAAGCUAGCGUUUGGGGUGAGAAGUAUUUCAAGAACAACUUCAAUAGGUUGGCACAUGUGAAGACCAAGGUUGAUCCUCUUAAUUUCUUCAGGUAUGAACAGAGUAUACCUUCACUCGUGUCAAAGAGUCACAAAUAGAUAAUGUAAGAUCUAAAAUCUUGGAAUGUCAGCAGCAUAUAUAAUCAAAUAAGCUGCUUUAUUCAUUUGCUUCUGUGUAUCAGUGUAUGGAGGGUGUCCUUCUUCCAUAACAAUAUUAUUUCAGAGGCUACUUCAAUGCCUAAUAUAUAUUUUGCAUGAGGUCCUUGAGAGCUUCAAGAUGGUUAUUUAUAAAAAAGAAAAAAUAUGUUUACU